AUGGGGCUUCAACUUCAAUCAUCCGGAAAAAUUUUCCAAAUCACCACCGCCGAAUUGCCCACCACCGCAACCCGCUUCCACCGCUCUCUCUCUACCCUCCGUCCUCAAAUUCCCCCAAUUUCUCCAAACAACUCCUCCACAAAACCCCUCAUUUCUAUUCUGCUCUUCCCCGUUUCCAACACAAGCCUUUUCUGCCGUUACUCCCCAACGUCUCCACCACAGCCUUUCUCCUCCACCACCGUCUCUGUCCCUCCAAAUCCUAAACCAAAUCAGAAAAAACCCACAGCCAUCCCCCUCCUCAGACCUUACCAACAACGUCCGCCUCGUAUCACCGGUGGAUCGCCUCCGACUAUGCCAGUCCCCCACUCGUCGACUUCCUCCUCCGUCGCAACUGCCGCAGCGACUGCCAAGAAGAAGCCUCCAACUGACGGAACCACCAGAGCUGCUGCUUCUCGCUCCAAGUCAACCGCUGCAGUGCCUAAACCGAAGCGAAGAUGA